AAGGCAGGUUUAAGCUGAGGGAGCACCUUCGCAGUCACACGCAGGAGAAAGUGGUGGCGUGUCCGGCCUGCGGCGGCAUGUUCGCCAACAACACCAAGUUCUUCGACCACAUCCGACGCCAGACCACCAUGGAAGGUCAGAGGUUCCAGUGCUCGCACUGUUUUAAGCGCUUUGCGACGGAAAGAUUGUUGAGGGACCACAUGAGAAACCACGUAAACCAUUAUAAAUGUCCCCUGUGUGACAUGACCUGUCCCUCACCGUCCUCCCUGAGAAACCACAUCAAAUUUCGCCAUAGCAACGAGAAGCCCUACAGCUGUGACUACUGUGAUUACAGUUGUAAGAAUCAGAUAGACCUGCGGAAACAUCUGGACACACACAGCAGUGAGCCAGCCUACCGCUGUGACUACUCCAACUGUGACUACACCACCCGCUCUCUGCACUCCAUGAAAUCUCACUACAAACGCAUCCACGAGUGUGGCUUUAUGCGGCUGCAGCUGAUCCGAUAUGAGAGCGUGGAGCUGACGGAGCAGUUGAUGAGGGAGCGACAGGGGGAGGGAGACAGCUCCGAGGCUGCUGUCCAAUCCGAAGGCCUGCAGCCCGUGGAGGAGGCGGAGUCAGCCGGCGCAGGCGACUACGUGGGGCGGAGCAGCGCGACGGAAAGGAUCGAGGGAGAGAGGGACUGCGUAACAGAGGAGGGAGCAGUGUCAGAUGAACAGGGGGAGAAUGUUCUCUUGGUUCUGACCGCUGGGCCCGUCCUGGAGGCGGAGUCAAAGAGGGAGGAUGCUGUGAUGUGGCAGCUACAGGACACUGCCCAGCAGCUGGGCAUGGAGGUAGUCUAG